AAAAAAAAAAAAGACGAAAAGGGAUUUGGUACUCGAGCAUAUGGAUUUGCAUUCGGUUCUCGAAUGUUAAAAUUUUUAUUUGGUUUCGCUACUAUCAAUAUAAUUAUACCCGGAGCAAUUAUAGCCAAUUCUUUCAUUACCGCUAAAUAUCUACUCUAUGCAAUUGGAGGAGGUAAUGGCGGACAAUUUCGACACUAUGGCGAGGAUUUUGGUUCAUAUUUUGAUAAAGAUUUCCUUGUAUUACGUUUUCUGGCAAUUUUUAUUUUGGCCAUUACCACUGCAUAUCACAUUCUAGCUAUUAAAAAAAAAUAUGAAAGUUACGCAGUCUGCAUAGAUCAAAUAUUGGUCUUGUUUAAAUAUGUAUCUCUAUUUGCUUUGGCUAUCAUUGGUUUAUGCAAAACAAAUGACAAGGACUUUAGUGAUACGUAUAGAGAUAAUUGGCAUAAAGCUUUCAAUAAUACAUUAUCACCUAACGUUUCAUAUACCAGAACUGUUUCAGAAUAUAUCGGAAGUUAUGGCAGUGCUAUGAUACAGAUACUAUAUUCAUAUGAAGGAUGGGAUCAUUUAAAAUAUUCAUCUGAGGAGUUGAGAGUUGAAAGCCCAUUCCGGAAAUACUCAGCACUUGUUAAUGUUUGUAUUACUAUGGUGCUUUCGAAUCCAAAAAUUUCUAACGAAAGUAUUGCUAUUGAUUAUGGAAUAAAAUUAUUUGGUGAAGCCGGAAGAAAAUUUGUAUCUUCACUUAUCGCAAUUUCUGCCUUUAAGCAGGCCACUUUUCCUCAAUCUUAUUUCUCGGUUUCUACACCUACUUCAUCACCAACUACUCCAUCAUCAACUACAAGUAUACAAACAUUAA